GAGGAGCUGGAGCCGUGGCAGAAAAUCAGUGAUGUGAUUGAAGAUUCUGUUGUUGAGGAUUAUAAUUCAGUUGAUAAAACUGCUACGGAUGAAGUAGUCAAUCUAUGUACAUCUGUCUUGACCGGUGAGUUUGAAAUGCUCCAGGACAUGUGGAAACCUUACAAACCUCCUUGGAAACAAUCAGAGAGAAGUACUGCAUGCUCUUGGAUGUGCUGCUCUGGAACACUGGUCAUUCUCAGUUAUGAAUGUCUACCAAAAGCUGGGGGGAAAAAAAGAAUGAAAUAAAUAAUGGGCAUACAGCUGUGUCCAUCGUGGCCACAGUGAAAAGAACCUGCGGUUUCUGGUAAGGAAUUAGAGUACUUCUGUGUGCUUCUGCUAUUGCUGUGUUUAGUAAUGAUGGCAUUUCAGGAGAGAGCAGCAUGGCCCAGCCCACACUGAGAGAAAAGAGUCAAAGUCAUUGGACUCGUUUGACCACAAGGUCUCUGUCAGCUGGUCCCUGCUUUAAAAUGGACCAAAAGUCAUCGUUUCUUUGUUAAACUAAUACAAGUCUUCCCUGAUUAUUUGGGGACUCCAAAGGAGUGCCAGAAGGAGUUGGGAAGCUGACUGUCACACUCCACUGGAGGUUGCACAGUGGCCUCUGCUAUCCAUGAAGCCAUCACAACUCCAGUCAUCAGGAUUUCUCCUGACAGUUCCAAUGGCAAUGUCAGACUCUCACUCGCAGCCACAGACUUUCGGUGUUUGACAAGGUCUACACUCCUUGAAGGAUUUGGGAAUGACUGUGGGCUCCCUGUCAGCAAAGAGGGAUCCUCGAGACACUGAGGAGGAGAAAAUGAAUCUGCUGGUGCUCUGGAUUUGGACCUCCAUCGGAUACUAGCUGGCAAUCCUCUUGUUCAGCAAAGUGGGCAGCCUCUAAUCCUUACCCAGAACCCGACCUCAGGGCUGGGCACUAUGGUAACUCAGCCAGUAUUGCGACCUGUACAGAUCAUGCAGAAUGCCAAUCAUGUCACGAAUUCUCCGGUGUCCAGCCAGCCCAUCUUCAUAACCACCCAGGGGUUUCCCGUGAGGAACGUGCGGCCUGUGCAAAACACCAUGAACCAGGUUGGAAUCGUCCUGAAUGUACAGCAAGGUCAAACAGUUAGACCCAUCACCCUCGUCCCAGCCCCAGGUACCCAGUUUGUUAAACCUGCAGUUGGCGUUCCUCAGGUGUUCUCUCAAAUGGCCCAGGUGAGGCCGGGGACGACCAUGCCGGUCCGACCCACCACCAACACUUUCACUACGGUCAUUCCGGCCACGCUCACCAUCAGGAGCACUGUACCACAGUCCCAGGCACAACAGCAAAGUAAGUCCACUCCCAGCACCUCCACAACUCCUACUGCAACGCAGCCAACACCACUUGGACAGUUAACUGUGCAGCAGCCAGGGCAGUCCAGUCAAGCUACUAACCCCAAAUUAGUGAGUAUUGCAAGCUUUGUGACUGUAAAGAGACCUGGAGUGACUGGUGAGAACAGCAAUGAGGUUGCUAAGCUAGUGAAUACCCUGAACACCAUUCCUUCGUUAGGACAGAGCCCUGGCAAUGAGGUUGCUAAACUAGUGAAUACCCUGAACACCAUUCCUUCGUUAGGACAGAGCCCUGGCCCGCUGGUGGUUUCCAACAGCAGUCCUGUGCACGGUUCCCAGAGAUCUAGUGUUUCGGAGUCGUCCUCAUCGUCGUCAUCAUCAUCAAAAGUCAGUUCAUCUCCUAUUCCCACAUUCGAUUUGCAAGACAGUGGCAGGAAGGUCUGCCCGAGAUGCGAUGCUCAGUUUCGAGUCACUGAAGCUUUAAGAGGACAUAUGUGUUUCUGCUGCCCUGAAAUGGUUAAAUUCCUCAGGAAAAGAAGACCUCGAGAAUCUGAACCAAAUAUUCCAUCUGCAAAGGCUCCAUCUCCAGAAAAAACUACAGCUGUUGCCUCUCCACCCUCUUCUACUCCUAUCCCUGCACUGUCCCCACCUGCUAAAGCUCCAGAGACAAGCGAAAACGUAGUUGACACGUCCCAAAGUAAGCUCAUCAUGUUGGUAGAUGAUUUCUACUAUGGCAGAGAUGGUGGCAAAGUGAACCAGCUGCUGAAUUUCCCCAAGGUUCCAACUUCCUUCAGGUGUCCACACUGCACCAAGAGGCUAAAGAACAACAUACGGUUUAUGAAUCACAUGAAGCACCACGUUGAGCUGGAUCAGCAGAACGGAGAGGUGGAUGUCCACACCAUCUGCCAGCAUUGCUACAGACAGUUCUCCACUCCGUUUCAGCUGCAGUGUCACUUAGAGAACGUCCACAGUCCCUACGAGUCGACAACAAAGUGCAAGAUUUGUGAGUGGGCAUUUGAGAGCGAGCCAAUGUUCCUGCAGCACAUGAAGGACACUCACAAGCCUGGGGAGAUGCCCUAUGUUUGCCAGGUCUGUCAGUACCGCUCCUCGCUCUACUCCGAGGUGGACAGUCACUUCCGCAUGACGCACGAGGACACGCGGCACCUGCUCUGUCCCUACUGCCUCAAGGUCUUCAAGAACGGCAACGCCUUCCAGCAGCACUUCAUGAGGCACCAGAAGAAGAGUGUUUAUCAUUGCAACAAGUGCAGACUUCAGUUCCUAUUUGCCAAGGAUAAAAUCGAACACAAGCUGCAGCACCACAAAACUUUCCGAAAGCCUAAACAAUUAGAAGGAUUGAAACCUGGAACCAAGGUGACAAUCAGGGCAUCUAGAGGACAGCCACGGACAGUGCCAGUGUCAAACGACAUGUUGCAGGGCACGGGACAGGAAGCUGCUCAGCUGUCGUCUUCUGCCGAUCCCCAGCCCAUCUUCCUGUACCCACCCGUCCAGAGGAACGUCCAGAAGAGAGCAGUCAAAAAAAUGAGUGUCUUGGGGAGACAGACUUGCCUGGAGUGCAGCUUCGAAAUCCCCGACUUCCCCAACCACUUCCCCACCUACGUGCACUGUUCCCAGUGUCGCUACAGCACGUGCUGCUCCAGAGCCUACGCCAACCACAUGAUCAACAACCACGUUCCUCGGAAGAGUCCAAAAUACUUGGCUUUGUUUAAAAACUAUACUGCCUGUGGUGUAAAGCUGUCCUGUUCCUCCUGUCUCUUUGUAACAUGUGAGGGUGAUGCAAUGGCCAAACAUCUGGUCUUCAAUCCAUCACAUGAGUUCAGUAACGUUAUUUUCCGAGGGCCUACUUGGAUGUCACAUUCCAGGCACAUUCAGCCCCAGGACAAAAGCAUGAAGAAUACGUGCCCUACCUAUUCCCCAAGUAAAGCUGCUACUGUGAAAACAAAGCCUGUGUUACCUGCAAAGGAUGAGCUGGAGCCCGAGCCGGCCCCAGCAGCCUACAGCAGACCCCUGGCCUGCCAGGAGGAAGAGUGCUUGAACCUGGACGCUCGAGAGGACGAGCAGCCAGCAAAGGAGCCGGAGCCUGCGAGCAAAAAGGAGCAGCUGUCGGUGAAGAAGCUGCGGGUCGUACUGUUUGCCUUGUGCUGCAACACGGAGCAGGCUGCAGAGCACUUCCGAAACCCGCCCCGGCGCAUCAAGCGCUGGCUGCGCCGGUUUCAGGCUUUCCAAGAGGAGAACUUGGCGUCCCUGUCAGAGGGCAAGUACCUCAGCUUAGAGGCUGAAGAGAAGCUGGCCGAGUGGGUCCUCACGCAGAGGGAGCAGCAGCUGCCUGUGAACGAGGAGACUCUCUUCCAGAAAGCCACCAAGAUCGGCCGCUCCCUGGAAGGCGGCUUCAAGAUCUCGUACGAGUGGGCGGUGAGGUUCAUGCUGCGGCACCACCUGAGCACUCACACCCGCAGGGCCGUGGCCCACCCCCUCCCCAAAGACGUGGAGGACAACGCCGGCUGCUUCAUCGAGUUCGUGCAGCGGCAGAUCCACACGCAGGACCUGCCCCUCUCCAUGAUCGCCGCCAUCGACGAGAUCUCCCUGUUCCUGGACGUGGAGGUGCUGAGCAGCGACGACCGGAAGGAGAACGCUCUGCAGACGGUGGGAACCGGGGAGCCCUGGUGCGACGUCGUCCUCACCAUCCUCGCCGACGGCAGCGUCCUCCCCACGCUGGUCUUCUACAGGGGCCACGUCCAGCAGCCCGCCAACGUGCCCGAGUCCAUCGUGUUGGAAGCGAAGGAGAACGGCUACAGCGACGACGAGCUGAUGGAGCUGUGGGCGUCCCGAGUGUGGCACAAGCACACGGAGUGCCAGAACAGCAAGGGCAUGCUGGUGCUGGACUGCCACCGCACGCACCUCUCGGAGGAGGUGCUGGCCCUGCUCAGCGCCUCCAGCACCCUCCCGGCCGUGGUCCCCGCGGGCUGCAGCUCCAAAAUCCAACCUCUAGAUGUUUGCAUCAAAAGGACUGUGAAAAAUUUCUUGCAUAAAAAGUGGAAAGAGCAAGCCAAGGAGAUGGCGGACUCCACGUGCGACUCGGACAUUCUCCUGCAGCUGGUGUUGUGCUGGCUGGCGGAGGUGCUGCAGGUCAUCAGUGACUCUCCCGAACUGGUGCAGCAAUCCUUCCUGGUGGCCAGUGUGCUGCCGGGGCCCGACGGCACGGCCAACUCGCCCACGCGCAACGCCGACAUGCAGGAGGAGCUCAUCACCUCUCUGGAGGAGCAGCUGAAGCUCAACGAAGACCCACGGGAGGCGGCGGCAGCGCAGGGGCAGGACCGACCCCCGGCCGAGGAGGCUGCAGACCCCGAAAUCCUCCAUCAGCUCUUCGAGGGGGAGAGCGAGACUGAGUCCUUUUACGGCUUUGAAGACGCCGACUUGGAUCUGAUGGAAAUCUGAGCACUGACCCGCGACCCCUUGGCCCAGGAAGGGUCGUUUUUAUCAGUCGAUGUUGGGCCGAGACCGUGACACUUCCCUGUGGAUUUGUGGCUUUAGGAGCGUGGUAGGAGAUCACUUGGAUCCAUGGUAGGAGACCACUCAGAUCCGUGGUAGGAGAUCACUUGGAUCCGUGGUAGGAGAUCACUUGGAUCCAUGGUAGGAGAUCACUUGGAUCCAUGGUAGGAGAUCACUCAGAUCCAUGGUAGAUCACUCAGAUCCAUGGCAGGACACCACUCGGAUCCGUGGUAGGAGAUCACUCAGAUCCAUGGUAGGAGAUCACUCGGAUCCAUGGUAGGAGAUCACUCAGAUCCAUGGUAGAUCACUUGGAUCCAUGGCAGGACACCACUCGGAUCCGUGGCCACCGAUGCUGUUCGUUUCUAAGUUUUUGUGCUUUUCUAAAAAGGAAAAAAAAAAAAGAACCAGAAGCAGUCCCUGUGUUGGUAUUUUCUGAGGAUCUUGUGGGUGAAUAUUUUUGCGUUUUCUUUACCUCACUGUAUCAUAGUUUUUCCUGUUUUUAUUGUGCAGAAACGUUUUUGGAUUAUCCAUCGUCAAUGUGACCAUUUCUAAAGGAGAGAAAAAAACAAACCCCCCACCUCUGUAGCUCUGCCCCAGGAUAUAAAAAUCUCUUUGGUUGUCUUAACACUUCUUUUGGUUGUUUCCCUUCCUUUUCUUUUGUUUAACACUUGACCCAGACGUUUGGGUUUCUGUGGAGAGUUUAGGGAUGAGUUGUUAUUGCUCUAAAGUGUGAACCUUCAGUAAGUGGCCACUGAGAUUUGGGGUUUGGUUUGGGGGUUUUUUGGGUUUCUUUUUUUUUUCUUGGUUUUAAAGGAGGAAAAAGAGUCAAAUCCUCGUGCUCGUGCCUGGAGGCAGGGGGAGGGGGGACACACGAGCAGAAGCAUUUUGCCUGUUGAAUGCCAGCAGAGUCCUGGGGAGCCACAACCCUCUGAGUAAGGGGGAGACCCACACUCAGGGCCGACUUAACUCUGUGUGGCGGGUCCUCUCCUCCCCCUGGGACCCCUCCUCAGCACCCACCUUGCUCCAAAGAAUCCCUGACAGAGGGUGUGUGGUGGGAGAGGGAAGCUGAGCCAGUCUCACUCUUCCCCAGCAGCAGGAGGGAGUUAAACCUGGACCACGAGACCCCUGAGCGACUCAGAACCCGCUGUGACCAGUGGCCUCAGACACUACAUCCCUUAGAAUCAGAAAAAAAAAACCCCUUUAACAAACAAAAACUGUGACAAACAAAGCAAAGACAGACGUUUGUUUUUAUUUUUCACUGCCAGCUUGACUUUUUUCUACAAUGUGCAUGUUUGAGGGUUUUUUAAUCGUGUGUCUCAUGGUAUCGACGGGAAGCGUUUGACACGGCAGCCACGAGCACCUGCACCUUUCUGUUUCCAUAGAGGUUUUUGUGAACCUUCCCCUGUGCCCCAGGAAAGCAGGAGGCAGCAUGUGCAGACCUGUAAAUGGUUCAUCUUUAAAAUGUACAUAAGUGGAACAUUUAAUAAAACCAGGGAAAUGGAUUUAUAAA